UUGACAGUGCCGUGGAUCGUAACGAAGCAAUGCUACUCUUUGUUAAGUAAAGUGGUGAGAAAUCUUGCUCUGAAACAAGGUUUGCUUAGUUAAAUGCUCUUCAUCACCUCGUCUGGUCAUAUUUGUUCUUGGAAGUUAAAGUAACCGGUGAUCGUUUGCGCGUAACACUACUUAUUUCGUAGUCGGCUAACGCUAGCGUGUUAGCUGCAGUUCGGGAGGAUGUCGCUUCACGGCAAAAGAAAAGAAAUCUACAAAUACGAGGCGCCAUGGACGGUGUAUGCGAUGAACUGGAGCGUCCGUCCAGACAAACGCUUUCGGCUGGCACUUGGGAGCUUUGUGGAAGAAUACAACAACAAGGUUCAGCUGGUGGGUCUGGAGGAGGAGAGCUCAGAGUUUGUCUGCAGGAACACAUUUGAUCACCCUUACCCCACCACCAAGAUCAUGUGGAUCCCCGACACCAAGGGGGUUUACCCGGACCUGCUGGCCACCAGUGGAGAUUACCUGCGCAUUUGGAGGGUCAGCGACACAGAAACACGUCUUGAAUGUUUGCUGAAUAACAACAAGAACUCAGACUUCUGUGCGCCUCUCACCUCCUUUGACUGGAAUGAAGUUGAUCCAAAUCUGUUGGGCACCUCCAGCAUUGACACCACCUGCACUAUUUGGGGGUUGGAGACCGGUCAGGUGUUAGGGCGAGUUAACCUGGUCUCUGGACACGUGAAGACCCAACUGAUCGCUCAUGACAAAGAGGUGUAUGACAUUGCAUUCAGCCGCGCAGGAGGAGGUAGAGAUAUGUUUGCCUCCGUGGGUGCCGACGGCUCCGUCCGCAUGUUUGAUCUCCGACACCUGGAACACAGCACCAUCAUCUAUGAGGACCCCCAGCACCACCCGUUGCUCCGCCUCUGCUGGAACAAGCAGGAUCCCAACUACCUGGCCACAAUGGCCAUGGAUGGCAUGGAGGUGGUCAUCCUGGAUGUACGCGUGCCUUGCACACCAGUGGCUCGGCUUAACAACCAUCGCGCCUGUGUUAACGGCAUCGCCUGGGCUCCCCACUCCUCAUGUCACAUAUGCACUGCAGCUGACGACCACCAGGCCUUGAUCUGGGACAUCCAGCAGAUGCCACGGGCCAUCGAGGAUCCCAUCCUGGCCUACACUGCUGAAGGGGAGAUUAACAACGUGCAGUGGGCCUCCACACAGCCGGACUGGAUCGCCAUAUGCUACAACAACUGCCUGGAGAUCCUGCGUGUCUAAAGCUAGGGACAGAAGGAGCGUUGUCUCAGAUUUGGACUUGAUUUUUUUCCUCAUCCCUCUGCUUUCAAGACGAGGAUGAGGUCACGAGUGAACUGUCUGAACGAGUUUGGAGUAUCACACACCUACUCCAUAAUAACCUGGUUUACAUUUUCUUCCACGUCUUUACUCCAUUCUUCUUCUAUUAAACAUGUUUAAGCUCUUAUUUAUUUUGCUCACGAGGUAGUGUUCAGCACCUGCACAGCACCUGUGAGCUCUGAGCUGUUGUCUUUGAAAAUCAAAUUUUUUUUAUACUUCUUGCCGUGAUUUCAGCCAGAUGUGAGAUUAUCAUGAAGGGUUUAGAUGUUGUGUGUUUCAUCUGUUUGAUUUGCAAAGGUUUAUACAAACUACUGUAGGUGGCAGAAGCUGACCUCUCUAAUACGUAGGAAUAUGUCGUAGCCUUCUUGUGGACUCAUACCAUUUUAUUGCUGAUUCAAAAAUCAGUAUAUUAUAGUCUUGUUAACCCCCGUGGUAAUUACAAUUUUUAAAUGGGUGUGUGUCCAGUAUCCUCUCUCCAAAUAAUUGUAUUCAGGUUCAAACUAAACUUGUGACCUGUGCAACUUUGAAAAAUUGUAAAAUAAACUGAGAGGGCUUCAUAUCGUCACUGCAGUGGUGUCUGUCAUCAUAUGGUUUUGUUAAAGUUUGGCUGUUGAUGCUGUGAGGCAGCAGCCAUGUACAGCCACACUGAGAACCUACCAGAGCAAUGUUGUUCAGGCUUUUAGCUCCCUAAUUAUUCUCUUCUUCUUUUUGUUUGUAGAAGAUUGUGCUUGGAAAGCUGAGUUUUCUUUGUGUUAGAGUGAGUUGUGAAAUGAGAGGAGAGUGAAACAACUGUCUCACUGCGUCUGUGUCGGCCUCUCUUUUUGUUUUUUUCCCAAUAAUUAAAGGGUCAUGUCCUUGUAGCAUGCCAUUACAAGGCAAAAUGUACAUACAUAUAAAUAUAACAACUUGAGAUGUUGGUAAGCCAAGUGUUCAUGUUGUAGCUUUUUUCAUAAAGUUUAUUAUUGAAUUUGCUCUAAUAAAUUGUAUUCAUCCAUGUCUUAGAAACUAA